UCGGCUCGUGUUGUUGGUUCGGUUCGGACCUGGAAUAUAUUUCGCUUUUCGACUUGAAAGAAUCGAAUCGCCGCACCAGAAUACGCCGACAAAACUUUCCUUUCACUCUCACUUUCCCAGCUCCGCGAUUAGCAUUUUCGAGUUUGGUUUUUUGUUUUGUUUUUGAUUACAAGAGUGUCGUGCUUGAAGAGCAUUAUUAAGAAAAUUCUCAAUAUUGAACGAAAAUUAAACAAUCCAUUACGUUUAGCCAAUUUUUGUUGUUAGUUUGCUGUUGCUGGCUGUUUAUCGCGCUUUGCUUUCGUCGCCAUAUUCGUGAGGGACGCACAUUUUUCCGCUUUGCUUUGCUUUGCCGCUGCUCCAGUUCUGGAAGCCACCCCCGCCUCCGGUCUUUGGUAACACAGAAUCGAUGGAGACGGGAACCCCCAUGGAUAGCUACCGAUUCGGUAGCAUCGACUACAUAGUCUUUCUGGGCAUGGUAGUACUAUCCACCGGCACCGGCAUCUAUUUUGGAUGCAUAAAGAAGAGCAAGAAGCAGCUAGAGGAGACGGAACCCACCUUACCCACCACCAACGGUACGCCGCAAAGACGGAAGAAUGAUUUCGGAUCGGAGAAGAUGAGCGAAUAUCUGCUGGGAUCACGCAAUCUGAAAGUGUUCCCAGUGGCUAUGAGCCUGAUAGCCAGCUAUAUAUCGGGCGUCACGAUACUGGGCACCACCUCGGAAAUCUACAAUUAUGGCACGCAAUAUUGGUUUAUAGCCAUAGCAAUAGUGAUCCAAGGAAUUGCCGUCUCCUAUGUCUAUAUACCCGUGUUCGCGGCUCUUCAAGUGGGUUCUUCGUAUGAGUACCUGGAGAUGCGAUUUCACUCGGUAAUAAGAAGCAUAGCAUCGUUUAUGUUUAUACUGGAUGAGAUCCUAUUUCUUCCCUUUAUCGUUUAUGUGCCAGCUAUAGCUCUCAAUCAGGUUUCUGGCAUUAAUCUCCAUGUGAUUGCAGUGGUGAUUGUGGUCGUUUGUGUUUUCUACACCUUUGUGGGAGGCAUCAAGGCUGUGGUCCAUACGGAUGCCUGGCAAACCAUGGUCAUGUUUGUAUCCGUUAUGGCCGUGGCUGUCUUGGCCACAAUUUAUGCCAAUGGCCUGGACGUCCUGUUCGAUGAUGCGGCCAAAGGUGGACGAUUGAUUUUUAACAAUACAAAUCCCUCGCCUUAUGUUCGUCACACCGUGUGGAGUGUCCUAAUCGGUGGCUUCUCCUAUUGGACCUCGUUUAAUGCGGUGAAUCAGACCAUGGUACAGCGAUACAUGUCGCUGCCCUCGCUGAAGAAAGCUCGGGCUUCCAUGGCUAUAUUUACUAUUGGCGUGACGGCCUUUGUUUCCGUUUGCUGUUAUGUGGGACUGCUGAUCUUUGAGAUGUACAAGGACUGCGAUCCACUCAGUGCAGGAAUGAUAACGCAUGACGAUCAACUCCUGCCGCUGUUUGUGAUGCAGAGUGUGGGUCAUAUCUACGGAAUGCCUGGCCUGUUUAUUGCUGGCAUAUUCGGUGCUGCAUUGAGCUCACUUUCCGUGGUGCUAAACUCCACGUCCCUGGUCAUUCUGGAGGAUAUCGUUCGGGGCUGCUUCAAGAUGCAGCCCAGUGAGAGGGCCUCUACCAUUCUGGUCAAGUCCACGAUUAUUGUGCUUGGCAUUGUGGCCCUGUCGCUGGUCUUUGUCCUGGAGCAACUGAGCGGAAUCCUGAGCAUUUGCACUUCAAUGACAGCCAUCGCAGCUGGGACCACUUUUGGCCUGUUCACUCUGGGAAUGCUCGUUCCCUGGGCCAAUACCGUGGGCACUGCUGUGGGUGGCAUUGCCAGUGCCUUGCUCGCCGGCUGGAUAUCCUUUGGCACGCAGUUCACCAUUGCUGCGGGGGAGUUGAACUCGCAGAAGCUGCCCGUAUCCGUGGAGGGAUGUGUGGGCAAUGUCACGCUACCCGAGAGCAUGUGGGUGGACGAGGAGCAGGUGUUUCCGCUGUAUCGCCUGUCCUACCACUGGAUAAACCCCAUUGGUGUGUCCACGGUAAUUGUUGUGGGUGCGUUGGUUUCCCUGGUGACCAAGCCAACGAAUACCAAGACGCUCGAUCCGGAUCUAAUAUCGCCGGUGAUUCAUAGGUUCCUUCCAAAGGAGUGCUUCGAGAGUCGCCAUAUCCAUGCGCAGGCGCACAAAAACCUCCUGUAACCUUAGGGAUACCCUUACUUCCUGUGCCAAGCCAAAGGGAACCCAAGCUCCCAUAUAAAUAUUCCACAGAACCCCCGACUUGUUGGUCUAGUUAGUAGCCGUAGUUAAAUAUAAAACGUAGCCUAGUCUGUAGUCCAUUGAAACCGAAGUACAGGAACCUAUGAAUCUGCGUAGGGUAAUUAUUGUA